AUGAAGUUCUCUUCGUUGCUGGUCUCUAGCGUUGCUAUUCUAGCGAAAUUGGCGAAAGCCGACUCCGACUCCUUCGGAUUGUUAGUGAUCCGCUCAGGCUCUCCUUUGCAAUAUGCGUCUGUUUUUGCUGAAGAAGGUAAGCUCUAUCUAGGCGGCACAAUUGUUGGGCUAUCAGGUGUAGUUACCGAUGACGGGAAACUCAGGUUUUCGGAUGGCACCUAUGCUGUCUUAGAUCGCCAAGGCGCACUUUCGGAAACAGCUGAUAUUAACGGCGGGUCCCAGGGUUUCGCUCUCACUUCUGGAUAUUUAGGGUAUGAUGGAUCGAUCGGUUUCACCGGCGAGCUUACGAAUCGUGGUUACCGGUUCUCGACUACAAUGAAAUCUCCCGAUGACCUCGACGUGCUUAUCAGAGCCGUUCUUCCAAACGGAUCCACUGUGCCGGAUUUUGAACCUUCUGUGACUACAACCAGUCCUGAUUGCACCAGGUACCGCAACACCACUGUGACAGUGACCACCACGGCUCACAACACUACUACCACCACGUUGACAACCUGCGAAGAAGGUUCCUCAUCGGUAAGUACUACUGGCGCUAGCUCCAUUCCGGUGACUUCUGGAAGUACCAGAUCCUUCCCUUUAAGUACCUCGUCUUCCAGUACUAAUGUGAGCUCGUCGAGCGUUAUCACUAUAACGCCAUCUUCUGUUCUUCCAUCCUCUGUCCUUCCAUCUUCUGUCCUUCCAUCUUCCAUCUCAUCGAAUUUCUCAUCGAGUUUCCCAUCGAGUUUCAGUCCUUCUCUGCCAAUCAGUUCUUUACCUUCAUCGACUGUUAGCAGUCCAAAUGCAAGCAGUGUACCUUCUGGUACUUCAUUGACCGGCUUUCCAUCUUCGAUCUCCUCAAGCUCAUUCAGCAGCUCAACUCAGAGCGUCUCGUCUAGUUCGAUAACCAACUCGUCAACGCCUAGCUUGUCGAGUGCCACUUCACCUUUUUCAUCUUCGUCAACGCCAACGGUUCCAUCCAGUUCGAUCGAAAGCUCAUCAUCAGUUUUUCCAUCGAGUGUCACUAUUACUCUUUCAUCUUCAAAAUUCUCCAUUCCUUCGAGUUUAAUCUCAAGCAUUUCGUCGUCUAGUGUUGUGACGAAGAGUUCGUCACUCUCAAGUCAAACCACGCCAAGCUUGUCAUCAUCCUUUUCCAUUUCUAUUCCUUCGAGUUUAAUUACAAGCUCUUCUCCUUCUGGGUCUUCAAGCCAGGUUAUUACCAGUUCUUCAAUGUCUAGUGUGGUGACAGGAAGCUCUUCUUCGCUAUCACCAUCUUCCUCUGCCCUAAGUUCUGCUACGAUAUCAAGUGCUAGCAGCGCAUCGCAAACUUCUAGUUCUGAGAACCCUUCGAGUGCUAUGACGAGCUCAGUCUCCUCUGGUAGCUUAUCGUUGUCUUCGGUGUCGUCCGUCGUUCCAAGUUCAUCCAGUGGAGUUUCCAGCUCAGGAACAACUGUCAGUUCCUCUAGCCUCGCUCCAAUCUCUUCCUCUUCCAUUCCAGGUUUUAGCUCCUCUACGCCAAUAAGCAGUACGUUGAGUGGAACGUCUUCGGUUGCCUCUAGCUCUGUUUCCUCCAGUAUCAGUAUUACUGCAUCAUCAAGCGGUUUAACAAGCUCAAGUCCUUCGGUAUCUUCAAGUGCCACGCCAAGCUCCAUUUCAUCAACGCUUUCAUCUUCUUCUUUCGAGUCUUCUGGGUCUAGCUCUAGUGCAGCUACCUCAAGCUUGACCUCUAGCUCCGUUACGAGCUCCUCCGUUGUGUCAAGCUCAAAAGGUACGACAACGCUAUCGAGCACGCCUAUAAGCUCCUCAAGUUUCGUUUCUUCGGUGAGUCUAGGUUCGUCGAGUGAAUCAAUUAGCUCAAUCAGUGCCUCCAGCUCUGUGGCACCUUCAGUGACCAGCAACACAGUUUCUGUCAGUUCGCAGAGUUCAUCUGUUGCAAGUUCGUCACCAAGCUCGGCAACCAGUAACACUGUUUCCAGCUCUGUGGCACCUUCAGUGACUAGUAACACAGUUUCAGUCAGCUCACAGAGCUCAUCUGGUGCAAGUUCGUCACUAAGCUCGGCAACCAGUAACACUAUUUCCAGCUCUGUGGCAUCUUCAGUGACUAGUAACACAGUUUCAGUCAGUUCGCAGAGUUCAUCUGUACCAGGUUCAUCAACAUCAGUAUCUGCUAGCGGAAGCUCCUCAACAGUCCUCUCUUCCUCGUUUCCAUCUAGUGCAGUAAGCAGCUCCACUGUCACUUCCUCCGGGCCCUCAUCAAGCGGUUCCAUUUCCUCUUCUGCUUCAGUAAGCAGCACUCAAUCAUCCUCAAGUCCUUCAGCAACGUCAAGCACGGCUAGCAGCACGGCUAGCAGCUCGAGUAGCUCUUCCCAAUCCUCGUCACAGUCCACAUCAAACAAUGGAGCAGCUCAGAUUAAAUCCAGCGGCCUAGGUGCAGGUAUUCUAUUCUUCGCGGCCAUGCUAUUGUGA